AUGGAGUACUUUAUGCCCAGAAAUGUUCUGUACAAUGGCAUUGCAACAGCUGAAUCCUACAAAAUUCUUGCACCGAAGGCAAAACAAACACCUAAGGAUAUCAAACUAGCCAAUUACCUAGGAUGGUGCUUUGAAAUGCUAGGAGACUCCUGCAAUAUUGUAGACGAUAUAAUGGAUCAAAGUGAGACAAGACGUAACCAACCCUGUUGGCACAAUGUUGAUGGCAUAGGAUUGAGUGCCAUUAAUGAUGCAUUGUUACUUGAAACAUCAGCAUUGUACAUUCUUAAGAAGCAUUUUGGAAAGUUAGAUUGUUUCCUGCAACUUCUUGAUAUUUUCCACGAUCUGUCCUUCUCCAGCCAACUUGGACAGCAGGCUGAAGCAAGAUCUGCACAAAACGUCAAUAACUUCACUGUGGAAAACUUUGAAUCAAUCGCAAUGAAUCUCAUUACAAACUUUACCGGCUACAUACCCGUUGCUCUUGCUAUGACUCUUGCUGGAUAUCCAAAUUUGGAGCCACUGCAGGAAGCACGUGCCAUCCAUAAGGACCUAGGACUCUUCUAUAUAGUUCAGAAUGACUACAUGGACUGUUUCGGUGAUCCCGAAGUAACAGGGAAAGUGGGAACGGAUAUUCAAGAAGGGAAAUGUCGUUGGUUAUCAUUUGCCUGCAUGGAAGUUGCAACGCCUGAGCAAAAGGCCACAAUGAAGGCUCACUACGGAAAGGAUAGUGCCGAAAGUGUUGCAAUUAUUAAGCAACUCUACAUUGAUUUAAAUCUACCGAAAAUCUACGAUGAAUACACAACAAAGAUUCACGAAAGAUUGAUGAUGAAUAUUGCAAAUUUAUCUGAUGAGGGACUCAGGAAGGUUUUUCUAAAAUUUGCUGAAACUAUUUACUAUGCUAAAAAUAUGAAUUUACCACUUUUUAAGUAAAAUGUUGAAGGAUAAAUAAUAAAUGUUUAUACUAUGUUCACGGGGAAAA